AUGCAGCUCCUCUCCACCACGACCACCCUCCUCUCGCUGGCCGCAACACUCCUCACACCCCUCGCCGCCGCCAGUUCCACGAUCCGAAACCCCAUUGGCGCCCUUUCAGCUGUGCAGAAUGCGACAAUCCACACCCAUAACCACCGGUUAACCGCCCUGUCGGAGUUUGAUCUGACCUUCAACAUCCGCGACGAAGUGCAUGUUCGAUUACAUCUCGAACCGAACCAUGAUAUCCUCGCGCAAGAUGCGACGGUUCAGUACCUUGCGCCUGAUGGCAGUGUGUCGCGGAAAGAGACGGUGGAUCGGUUAGGGCAUAAAGUGUACAAAGGCACGGCAUGGGUGCAGCGACCGAGUAUUGGACAGGUGCGAUAUCAGCAAGUCGGAUGGGCGCGUGUAUCAGUCACGAGGGAUGGGAAACAUCCCAUUUUCGAAGGCGCGUUUUCGGUGAAUCACGAUCACCACCACGUUCAGAGCUCGACGAACUACAGACGGACGAGACAUCGCAUGGAUCCGGACCUUGAAGAGGCCGAUGAUGAUUAUAUGGUUGUUUGGAGGGACUCGGAUAUCGUGCCGGACGAGGUGCAUUUGCAACAUCAAGAGUUGAGGAGGGAUGUGGACAGUGGGUUUGGAUCGUGUCUUUCGGAUCAACUCUCGUUCAACAGGCGCGAUGAUCAUCCCGUUUAUAUGGCUAUGAAGAUGAAGCGGUCGGAUUCGUACGGGAUUAUGGAUCUUUCGAAUAUGUUUGGCAAGAGGCAGAUUGAUGGGACGACUGGUGGCAACUCUGCUGGAGUGAACCUCGCUAGUACCGUUGGCCAGACACGAGGAUGCCCGACUACUCGAAAGGUGGCGUUGGUUGGUGUUGCUACUGAUUGCACGUACACCAAUUCUUUCAACUCGACACAGACUGCGAGAGAGAAUGUCAUCUCCCAGAUCAAUACCGCCUCGGGGAUCUGGGAAGGGGCCUUCAAUAUCUCGCUUGGACUGCAGAACCUGACUGUUUCGGACGCCAACUGCCCUGGCACGCCUGCUACUGCUACUGAAUGGAACCAGGCUUGCUCUGACUCGGUCGAUAUUCAACAGAGAUUGAACCUGUUCUCUGCCUGGCGUGGAAAUCAGCGCGACUCGAACAGUCAUUGGACUCUCCUGAGCACUUGCAAUACCGGAUCUGCCGUCGGUUUAGCUUGGCUUGGUCAGGCUUGUGUCGGUACAGCCAUCACCACGAACGGCAGUGUUACUGGAAAUGGCCAGAGCAGCGGCAAUGGACAGGAGACCGUGACUGGAGCCAACGUCGUAAUCCGGACACAAGGUGCCAGUGAAUGGCAAGUCAUUGCCCACGAGACUGGCCACACUUUCGGUGCCGUCCACGACUGCACGUCCCAGGCGUGCGCUGACAGCAACUUUGUCAACUCACAGCAAUGCUGCCCACUUAACAGUGGGACGUGCGAUGCUGGCGAACGUUUCAUCAUGAACCCGUCGACGUCUCAAGGUGUUCGAGACUUCAGCCCAUGCUCCAUCGGCAACAUUUGCUCUGCAAUGGAACGAAACUCCGUCAACAGCCAGUGUUUGACCGACAACAGGGGCGUGACUACUAUCAGCGGACAGCAGUGCGGCAACGGUAUCGUCGAGCCCGGCGAAGACUGUGAUUGCGGUGGUCCGGAAGGCUGUGGGAAUGAUGCUUGCUGUGAUCCAACGACCUGUAGGUUCACGCAAGGCUCCGUCUGCGACGACUCCAACGAAGACUGUUGUCGUAGCUGCCAGUUCGCCUCAAAUGGCACUGUCUGCCGUGCCAGUACUGGCGAUUGUGAUCCUCAAGAGGUCUGCUCUGGCUCGUCCGCUACUUGUCCACCGGAUCAGACUCGCGAAGACGGCUCAGGGUGCGGUGAUGGCCUCCAGUGCGCUUCUGGACAGUGUACCAGCCGUGAUCAACAGUGCAAGUCUGUCAUGGGCAGCUACACUCGUGGUAACGACACCUACGCGUGCGAUAGCUCUGGCUGUGCAAUUAGUUGUGCCAGUCCCGAGUUUGGCACAGGCGUCUGCUACGGUUUGCAACAGAACUUCCUCGACGGAACAACCUGUGGCGGUGGAGGCCGUUGUCAAAAUGGACAAUGCAGAGGCUCCUCAGUCGGCGGCCAAGUCAAAUCCUGGAUCGACGAUCACAAAGGCGUCGUCAUCGGCAUCUGCGCCGCCAUCGGCGGCCUCCUCCUCCUCGCCAUCCUCGGCUGCCUCAUCCGGUGCUGCAAACGGCGUCGCGGCGGCUCUAAGCGCGUCCCCAGCCCGCCUGUGCCUCCGCCGGGUGGUUGGCAAGGCUGGAAUGGCGGCGGCAACACCUCCCGCCAGAUGCAGCAGCAGCAACAACCCGGCGGGAAUUUCUACGCCCCUUCAUCAUCGCAUCCUAGUCAGGGGUGGUUUGAUCAGGGGAGUCAGCGCGGUGGUGGUGGGAACAAUACUGCCUGGCCGCCUCCUCCGCCGCCGCCGGUUUAUCCUACAAGAGGGAAUUCUGUGCGGUACGCAUAG